UGCUAGCCUGCAGUCACCAAAAUGGCGUUCCCCCAAAACAUCACACAUUGCGUGUGCCUGUCGCGCCCUUUUACCCUUAAAAAAUAAAGGAUUAACGGCUUCCUGCGACAGUUUACGAAGGCUUCUAUGAAAUUAAUAUCUCAAUUAUCGAACGCAAACACGGGGUAACCACAUUUCUUUCAUCGCGAUUUUUAUUAACUAUGUACGGCCGCGAAUGUGUUCCCGACAGAAGCCAAUGAGACUGGGAAUUUUAUACAUUUUUUGAUUAACCUCCCGCUCCGUUGAGAAGUCAACAACCUGCAUCAAAGUUUUUCGUGUGUGCUAUUCGUUGAUUUCAUUUGGUGUGCCAUAAAUUGAUUUAUUGCUUGCAUAUUGUGUACAAGGACUUGAGAAACACUAAUUCAAGAUGCCGACUCAUCCGAAAUAUCGUAAUCUCAAGCGCCCUAAAGUAGUUGCAAAGAGGAAUCUGAAGCGUCGUGACUACAAGCCUUCAAGUGCUCCGAUCUGUAAAAAAUUACAAACCAACAAUAAAGCCCUGGCCCAGGCCCUCUCAAAACAGAAAGAAGAGACCCAGCAGUUGACUCUAAGCAACCUGGAGCUCACUCGCCAGCUGAAUGAGGCAAAUCACAAGACGAGAAGACACAUAGAAGCCUUCUCGCUUAUUCUCCAGAACUCCCGAGAAGCCAUGAACCUGAUGGUAAAAGCGACCGAGCAAGUGGUGAGUGCUAUAUCCACCUGCAACACACUACUCCACCCAGACAGUGGUAAUCUUCCGCGACCCUUAAGUACAAGAGAUUCCAAUCGUCGUGUCUCCAUAAAGUCCCCUAACAAGUCCCCAGCAAGGGGCGUUGUCCAGCCAAUGGUCAGUGGUCACGCCAUAGCUCAGCCAGCAAUUGCCCUGAGUAGAAUUAGAAUAGUGUCAAUGCCGCCAACCAUCAGUGACAUUGAAGAGGGAUCUGAAUCUCCAAGCACCCCAGCGAGGGCAGUAACGAGGAUCCCAGCGAGUCGUAAUAGAGCCCUGAAUCGAGGUAUUCCGUCACUGAUGCCUCAGAGAAUCCGAGUAAGUUCACCCAGAGACGAUUCUUUACCUCCUGACGACAGACGACUCUCCAGCAUCAGUAGACGUUCCAGUAGAUACCAAAAACGAAAGUCCAGGGUCUCGAGACACUCUGACCUAGAGCCCCGGGACAGUAUUACGCUGAUUGAAACUGCGAUGAGAACCCCUAGAGUAUCGUUGGAGGACGUAUCUAGCUUGAUGCAGAACUCUCACACCAUCAAUGUGAGGAGUCUGAUGGACAUUGAGGAGGGCUCAGGCUUCCAGAGCUCUGGUGUAACUGAUACCAGCCGUCCAAGUGAGGAAUUCGCAGUUCCGGCUAUUUCCGAGGAUGUGUCUUCAACAGAGGCAGUGGAAUCAGAGUCACCAACAUCAUCACCAGUCUCGAGGACAUCCUCUCCGACUUAUCAAUUGGACCAUAGAGCAAGGAAGGAGCGCAAGAGGAGAAUGGCAAAGAAGGCUAAAAUGGGAGAAACGAAGGUGGAGAAACCGGCGUUCAGACGAGGGCAGCAGAGAGCCCUUGAAGAUGAUCCCCUCGAGGGGACGAGUUGGAGGUACAGUAAUGAACUGGAAGGGCUUGACGAUGGAAAUGGCCAGGAGAAUAAUCGGACGGGUAAUGGGACUGGUGAGACGAGCCUGGACAACUCCGGUGGGUCCAGGAUGAAUGAUAUAUCGUCGAGGAUGUUGGAUGGCGCUUUGAGGGAUUCAUCGGGAUUCUCGACGACUAAUCGUAUGUCCCUGACAAUGGUGAAUGCUAACAAUACGUGGGACGGGUCUGAUGAUCAGGAGGAGAGAUGUCAAGUUAUAAAUGCAGCAGUAACUAGGACAAACAGCGAUGAAGAAACGACAAAUUUCACCGCUCUUUUUGCCAGGAAUGUCUGCACCUCUAGGGGACGAGUUGCGGAUUUUGAUCCUGAUGAGUUUACCAUGAUGAGGAGACCAAUUGCGCCUUUUAAGCCUUGCAUUAUGGCUGAACUAGAGAUGCCUGACAUUCCACCUCAGGAAUUGGAGGAGCCGUUGGUGAGUGCCCCCGAGGUGAUGGCUGAACCUGAGAUCACGAAGACCAUUCAGAUUCAGGGGGUCAAUCAGCAGGCAGCGGUGUCGUCUAGAGCCACGGGGGAAUUACUACCGAAUGUAACUUUUAAUACGAGUGUGACGAUGCCUGUGGACACCGCUGGAGGGGAGUCUGAGGAUGAUACAAUGGUGCUGCCUAAUGGGAGGCGGGAUAGAGUGGUUCUGCCUAUUGCAGAGUCGUCCAGCGAGUCUGAGACAUCGACACCUCCGAGGAAAACUGUCAAGAGAGUCGGAAAAUCUAAGGGAAGCAAGAGGAAAGAUCCUGGUUCCGCCAAGGUUGUCUUGGAGAAGCUCAAAACGCCGCAGCAGAGGAAGAGACCUGGAUCACCUGUACCCAGGUCACCCUCGAUUGAUACGUAUUUGAACAGAACAUCAAAUUCCCUCGCCAGCGAUUCAGAAAGCAGUAAUGCCAGUUUUGGUAGUAAUGGUCGUCCACGGCGACAGAGAGCACCAGUUAAUUUUGCAGAACCUUCAUUGAGAAAAAAAUUGAGGCGAGACUAAGUGUUUCUUGGCGAUAGUAUAGCCUUUAAUGACUGAACUAAAGGACUGCCUGUAAUCACUAAGUAAUUGACCCAAUAGUUAGAGGUCGACAAUCGCAUUUCUAGGGUAACGUCAGGCCUACAGAAUAAAGUUAAUUGUACUCAU